CAGCCCAACAGUCUCUCUGUCUGUCCUCCUGCCUCUCUUACACACACACACACAGGCACACACCCAGCCUGAGCGCGUGUGUGCGUCGUGGAGAGGCGUCCCCGGGAAUACAUGACUCACGGCAGAGUGACUUAACCAGAACGGCGGCCAGCAGACUCCGAUCACAUCUCCCAUCACAGCGCUGCACCUCACCACAGACCACCAGGAUGGGGGAGGAUGACUACCAGGUCUUCCCCGACGGCCACAACGGCAGCUUCAACGACAGCUACGACUACUACGACUACGAGCAGCACUCGGUGUGCGACAAGGCGUCGGUGCGCUCCUUCGCCGCCGUCUUCCUGCCGCUGGUGUACGGCCUGACGCUGGUGCUGGGCCUGGCGGGGAACUCCCUGGUGGUGCUGGUGUACAGCGGGCGCGGCGGGGGCCACCUGCGCACCCUGACCGACGUCUGCCUCCUCAACCUGGCCGCCGCCGACCUCCUGCUGCUCGUCACGCUGCCCCUCUGGGCCGCCGCCGCCGCCACCCAGGGCUGGCACCUGGGCGCGGCGCUGUGCAAGCUCACCGCCUACCUGUACAGCGCCACCUUCAGCUGCAGCAUGUUCCUGCUGGCCUGCGUCAGCGCCGACCGCUACCUGGCCGUGGCCCGGCCCGCGGCAGGCCGGCGGUGCGCGGGGGGCUGCCGCGGACGGGUGCUGGUCAGCGUGGGGGUGUGGGUGUCGGCGUGCGUCCUGGGUCUCCCCGACCUGCUGUUCUCCCACGUCAGGCCGGCGUCCCACGGCGGGCUGGCCUGCGUCACGGUCCUGCCCCGCGGCAUGACCCGGCGCGCCAUGGUGGCGCUGGAGCUGCUGGAGGUGGCGCUGCGCUUCCUGCUGCCGCUCGGCAUCAUGGGGGUCUGCUACGGCCUGGUGUGGCGCGCGCUGAGCCGCGCGGCCGGACUCAGACGGGACAGGAAGUGGCGAGCGCUGCGCGUCCUGUUGGCCGUGGUGCUGGUCUUCCUGCUGACCCAGCUGCCCUACAACGUGGUGAAGCUGACCCGCGCGCUGGACUCCGCCUACGCCCUCGUCACGGACUGCGAGGUCAGCAAGUCGCUGGACCGCGCCAUGCAGGUGACCGAGAGCCUGGCCCUCAGCCACGCCUGCAUCAACCCCCUCCUCUACGCCUUCGUGGGCUCCGCCUUCAGGGGCCGCGUGCUGAGGGCGGCCAAGGAUCUGAGCGAGAGGCUGGGGCGUCGCGGGGCCCGCCGCCGGCAGGAGCCAGCGGUGGAGAUGUCGCUGCGGGGGCCAGAUCAGACGCACUCUCACUCGGGGUCGGAUCAGGAGGACACGAGCACCUUCACCAUCUAACCAUCUGCUCUGUAUAUAUGUACUCUAUACAUCUUCACCGUCUUAGAAAGUACUAGAUCUACUGUACUUCAGGUAUGAAUCAGGUCCAUCCGUAUGAAUUGGCAGUACAGAAACACCUGGUUCAGUAUACACAGCUUAAUCUUCUUUGUUGCAAUUACCUUCACCAUCUUAGAGCCUGCUAGAUAUGUCUGUAAAUCUCACCAUCUUGCUAGCUACUCAAGCGGUACAGUACAUGCCUAUGAUCAACACCGGUCAACUUUGGUGGUAGGUUUCGUUAUGUGUUGUAAGCGGACAUGUUGGGAAGGUCAUUCCGAGGCCCGGGGACCGGACACGUCGGGAAGGUCGUCCCUCGGCGAGGAGAGCGGGCAUGUUGGGAAGGUCAUUGCACAGCCAGGAGACCGGAUAUGUUCGGAAAGUCAUCCCAGGGCUAAGGAGACCAGACAUGUUGGAAAGAUCAUAGCACAGCAAGACACUGUUCCUCUCUUCCUGCUCUGCCCUAUCCCAUCCUGUCUGCACCACUAACCUCCUCCCAAGGUGAUUAACUCUGAAUGGAAGUAUUCAGCCAUCCCACAUCACAGCCAGGUGGCUAGUCUGAGGAAACACCAGCUUCCUCUAUACAGGGUCAGGGUUUGUUUUGACUGGACUCUUCCCAGAUGCUCAAAGAAAUAACAGAAUGCUGAUCUGGUAUCUGGUGGAGAUGAUAACAGGAAGGAACGUUGUAGAGACAUGUUUCCAUCGCAGUCAGGGCCCACGUAUACAGUUCCCAGCCUCUACGCCAGAACUACAGCAAACUCAUCGUUUCAGCUGUUCCCUGGUGAUCCGAGACAUGUCAGUGUUUAACUCUCCAUCUAUUUUACUCAUUCUUAUUCUGUUAAUUCUUCUGAGACGUCCACAUUUUUGAUGCCGUUUGCAUGUGUAUUAAUAUUAAAAAUAACUAAUAUAUCGAA